ACCCCGGACUUUCCGCGCGCCCCGCUCCCUGCCCGCUAGGCCGUCCGGCCGCGUACCGCGCCCCUCGCUCGCUCACCUCGUUCUCUCGCUCGCUGGCCGCCGUGCGGGCCGGGCGGGCGCCGGAGACCCCGCCGGGGCCGAGGUUUCUGGCGGGCGGGAGGCGAGGGCCCGGCUGCGGCCUCCUCGAAAUGUCCUCCGUCUGCGACGCCAGCAGCCACUUCCCCCUGCACCUCCUGGUGUGGAACAACGACUACCGGCAGCUGGAGAAGGAGCUGCGGGGGCAGAAUGUGGAGGCUCUGGAUCCACGAGGUCGAACUUUACUGCAUCUUGCUGUUUCUUUGGGACAUUUGGAAUCUGCUCGAGUCUUGCUCCGACAUAAAGCAGAUGUGACAAAAGAAAAUCGCCAGGGAUGGACAGGCAAGUAUAUUGCUCCAGAUUUCUAUGUGCAGAUGAAAUGGGAAUUCACCAGCUGGGUGCCGUUGGUUUCCAGAAUAUGCCCAAAUGAUGUCUGUCGCAUUUGGAAAAGCGGUGCCAAACUGCGUGUCGAUAUCACGUUGCUGGGAUUUGAAAAUAUGAGCUGGAUAAGAGGGAGGCGUAGUUUUAUAUUUAAGGGAGAAGACAACUGGGCGGAGUUGAUGGAAGUCAACCAUGAUGACAAAGUGGUGACUACUGAACACUUUGACCUUUCCCAAGAAAUGGAACGUCUCACUCUGGACUUAAUGAAGCCAAAAAGUAGGGAAGUUGAGCGGCGGCUCACAAGCCCAGUCAUUAACACCAGCCUCGAUACUAAAAAUAUUGCUUUUGAAAGAACUAAAUCCGGAUUCUGGGGCUGGAGGACAGAUAAAGCAGAAGUUGUUAAUGGUUACGAAGCAAAGGUAUACACUGUAAACAAUGUGAAUGUGAUAACCAAAAUACGCACAGAACAUCUGACCGAGGAGGAAAAAAAGAGAUAUAAAGCGGACAGGAACCCACUGGAAUCUUUGCUGGGAACCGUGGAACACCAGUUUGGUGCUCAAGGGGACCUUACUACGGAAUGUGCCACCGCAAACAACCCCACAGCUAUCACACCUGAUGAGUACUUCAACGAAGAGUUUGAUCUGAAAGACAGGGACAUCGGAAGGCCAAAAGAGCUGACGAUUAGAACUCAGAAGUUUAAAGCAACACUAUGGAUGUGUGAAGAAUUUCCUCUCUCUCUCGUGGAACAGGUCAUUCCCAUUAUUGACCUAAUGGCUCGAACUAGUGCUCAUUUUGCAAGAUUGAGAGAUUUCAUCAAAUUAGAAUUCCCACCUGGAUUUCCUGUCAAAAUAGAAAUUCCCUUGUUUCAUGUCUUAAAUGCACGGAUUACAUUUGGGAAUGUUAAUGGCUGUAGCACUGCUGAAGAAACUGUAUCUCAAAAUGUGGAUGGGGCGCAGGCCAAUUCAGCUUCCCAUGUCACAAACUUUGAGGUCGAUCAGUCUGUGUUUGAAAUUCCUGAAUCUUACCACAUUCAAGACAAUGGCAGAAAUGUGCAUUUGCAAGAUGAAGAUUAUGAGAUAAUGCAGUUUGCCAUCCAGCAGAGCCUGCUGGAGUCCAAUAGGAGUCAGGAACUUCUAGGACCAGCUUCAAAUGGUGGGAUCAGCCAGACACAUGCCUAUGAAGACCAGUUUGAGAGGGCCAUCCAGGAGAGCCUCCUCACCAGCACUGAAGGCCCAUGCUCUGGUGCCCCAACUGAUAUGAGCAGUUUUGAUAGUGACUUGCAGCUAGCCAUGGAGCUCUCUGCCAAAGAGCUGGAGGAACAGGAGCUCCGACUCCAGGAGGAAGAGGCUGAGCUCCAGCAAGUCUUACAGCUGUCACUCACUGACAAGUAGACAUUUCUGCCCAUAGGCUGCACAAAGCAGAGGCUCUGGGUUGCCAUGGAUGUUGGCAACCAGGGCCCCAGGGCUAAGGGCCUGCACCUCGUGUGUGCAGCAGAUGGCAGCUGCCCCUUCUUUACCCAGGUGCAGAACCAGGGAUUCCUAGGCUCACCCAGGACGCUCCCCAGGGUGAAGGGCCUGGGAUUGGCAGGCCCUAUCUUUAGGCCACGGGGAAGAGAGCAUUGUCACUUUCCAUUAGCUGUAUUGGCUUGCAGGUCACGUUUUUACUACCAGCUUUAGACAAAACCCCAAUCCCUGCAAGUUUGUAGAUACAUUUUUAUUAAGGAGUGAUAACAAGUUAUUGCAGAGUCAGGGUGCUUUUAUAUAUGAGAGAAGCGGCAGCAGUAGAGUGUGGUUUAUGAGAGUUUGAGGCAUUUCUUUACUGUUCACCAAAGAAAUGGGUAAUCUGUGUUGAUCUACUCUUUAUUUUUACCUUUAUACAGGGUUUCUAGGACAUUGUCAUUAUUCCCUCCUCCAUCUCCGUAUUAUUCCAUUCCUUCCAUCCAUCCCCAGCUGAAGUUAAAGAGGAGAUAUGUACAGUAUCUAUUUUAGAUUAUGAUUAACUAUUUGCAUCAAAUUAAGAUAUACAAAUGACCGUGGCUGUUGCCUUAGCCUUAAAAAUUACUAAUUGUUUCAAACCACCUCACUCCACUUAUUGAGGGAUCUGAUUUGAACUUAUAAAGGCAAUUCCUUUGAAAGCAGGAUCCUUCUGGCUAAAUCAAAGGCAGCUAAUCCUGUCUGAAGGAGCAGCUAGAGCAGUGGUUCUCAAUGCCGUGGCCCUUUAAUACAGUUCCUGGGUCGUACCCACAGGUUGAGAACCACUGAGCUAGAGGAAUCUGAGGCUUGUUCUUGAAGUGGGCAAGCUAGCCAAAGUACUAGAACAGCCUACAACCAAACCUGUUCUACGCCUGCCCUAGUGAAGGAUUUCCAUGUAAAAACCUAGGAAAACUCCAUUGCAUGCCUAGUCUUACUUGAGAGGAAAGCUGGAUUUGAAAUUAGAAAAGGAGCUUAAAACAGAGUUCACUGGCUCUUCAUUCUAAAGGGAAAAUGAUUCCACAUUGCUUUUUAGAGUUCAGCAUCUUUCUGGAUAAAUAUAUUUUUUAACAGAAUUUUUAUUAUUUUUAAAAGAUAUAAAAACAACUACUCCCAUCAGUAGCAAUACAAGGUUAUACAUUUUAACCAGAUUUUCUCAGGCCUUUUUUGGAUACCUUUAGUAGUUAACUAUUUUGUCAAACCCUCUUGUAAAUAACCAUCACACAACACACAGAACUCUGUGGAAUACAGCUGAGGGCACCACUCACGCUGGCCCGCGUGUUCAUUCCCACAGACUGCACUGAAAUAUCCCGGUUAACAAUACCCUCCUCUGUUUGGCAUCUGUUUCCUCUGUUGCGCUUCUUUUAGGAUAGGAAGAGAAACAUAAAGUACUGUUCCAGUUAACAUAUCAUACAGUUAGUGUCGACAGUGAGAUGUUCCUAGACACAAAAGAAUUGUGCUUUUAAUCCCAUAUAACCAUCUGCCUUUUUUGUCAUGGUCUCACCAAAAUUCCUUCUGUACACACAAGGCCAGUAUAGGCAACUUCACAUUUGUUUCAAAUAUGCGGCUUGGCAUUUUUGUUUACUUGUUUACAUGAAGUAAACAUUGUUGGUGUGAAGACACAAUUCUUGGGAAUGGCUGCAGUUAGGCCAUGUUGUUUACUCACUAUGGUGAAUCAUAGGUAACUUCUACGUUUGCAUUCCAUUGCUCUGCUCCCCAAGGUCUCCGAUUUUCUCGCCAGGGAGUCAUAUAAAAAGGGACUGAGCAUCAUAUCAACCUGUUGCAGCAUUUUUCAAAUACCUGUUCACUCUUAAAAUGCAAAUAAAGACUGCUUCCUUAGGGUGCUCAUAUAAUAUUCCA